UAGCCAGGCUCGAAACACGAGGUUGUCCAUUUCGUUUGAGAAGUCGAUUGAGUACUGUAGUUUUCUUGCAAUCUGCGGAUUCUUUUCUUUAACUUGCCUCAUAUUCAAUAUGGCCUCACCUGAAGAAACCCUUGCGGAAUACGAAAAACUGUUUGCGAAGCGUUUCACUAGUGAAGAUGAGGAGUAUAUGAAAACGGUCAACAGGCCUCAAGCUUCGCCACCUUGCCUGACUGAUUGGCUCAAUACUGGAUAUAGAGACAGUCGUUCUCACCAUGGCAGUGGCAGUGAUGGCAGAGGUUAUGAAAGGUCCAGGCAUGAUAGUGGGCGGGACCAUGGCAGGCGAUAUGGAGAUCAUGAAGAUCGACACAGAGGAGGUGAUAGACAUGGCUCAUAUCAUCACAGGGAUGACAGAUAUGGUGGGCGCUAUCGAGAUGACCGUGGUCACAGAGGAUAUGAAGAUCGUCAAAGACCCUCAACAGAAUAUGGUUCACGAGGAUACUAUGAGUUUUUCUACUGAUCUAAUAAUCCCAUCUUAAAGUUAGAUGCACUUCAAGUUUGUGAUGAUUACAGUUAUGUAGACAUUGGUUUCAAAACCCAUUUGCAACUGUGACAGCUGCAAAUUAAUCCAACUAGUGUAAAUGAUUUGAAAUUAUGAAACUAUUUGUUAGAGACUACUGUGUUUUCAGGGUUUUCAAUGACACCUCAGGUGACAUUCUGUUCAUUAAGAGUCCAAAUUCGACAUUCACCUUUUGUGCCAUGAUAAUAAAUUGAAAAUCCUGCCUUUGAACUGCUAUAGCCACUGUAGAAGUUUUGAGUGAUAUCUUGUUAAUUUUCGUUUCAUCACUGUAUUUUGUGUUAUGUUCAUUUUCUGUAAGAUAAUAUUUAUGUAUUAUAAGUUCGGAGUGGAUGACCCACUUUAUUUACCUUCGGUCUACUUCUUGUUAUUUUCUAUAAAUAAACAUUUCUGUUAAAGCA